AUGGUGUCGGCUCUGCGGGCGCGGUGGCUCCUCCAGCCGGGGCCGCUCGGAUCAGCGUGGCGGAGCUGCAGAGAGCUGCAUCCCUCUGCUGGUCAGUUGGAGCGUCUGCGGCUCUUUGAGACUCUGAGGGUGAGGAGAUCAGAACAGACAAAGGCAGCACCUGGACGAGACCUAAGCGUCAGACUGGCCGAUGGGAAAACGGUGAAAGCGCUGUCAGGGGUCACAACCCCACUUCAGAUCGCUCAGAACAUACGGGUUAAAGGUGCAGUAGUGGGGAGAGUGAAUGGUGAGCUGUGGGAGUUAGCUCGCCCCCUGGAGGCAGACUGUGAACUGCAGCUGCUAGGCUUUGACUCCUUAGAGGGCAGACAGGUGGUGUGGCAGACAGGAGCGUGCGUGUUGGGGGGUGUGAUGGAGACACACUAUGGUGCUCAGGUGUGUCGAGAGGGCGUGUCUGACACAGGACUCUAUGCUGACUACCGACUGGACAACAGUGCUCUGUCUCUUGAAGAGGUGCAGGAGAGGUGUAGGGAGAUGGCAGGGCUGAAGCUCCCCAUCACCAAGCUAGAGCUGAAUCUACAGGAACUCAGAGAACUUUUCCAGGAUGUUCUGAGGCUGCAAUUGGCUGAGGAGCAGAUGCAGGGACCCACAGUCAGCGUCUACAGGUGUGGGCAGAGUGUAGGAGUGUGUUCAGGUCCACUUCUUCCUCAUACAGGCUUCCUCCGCUCCUUUAAGAUGCUACAGGUUUCUCCUGUGACACUGUCGGGCAGCACUGGGCUGUCAGGCUUGCUGAGGAUGAUGGGUGUUUCAUUUCCAGGAGAGAAAGAGAGAGAGCAGUGGGUGCAGGAGCAGGAGGAGGCCAGGAAGAGGGACCACAGACGCAUCGGCAAGGACCAAGAGCUGUUCUUCUUUAAUGACGUCAGUCCGGGCAGCUGCUUCUUCCUACCGAAAGGAGCUCACAUUUACAACACUCUCACUGACUUCAUAAAGAGUGAGUACAGGAGGCGGGGCUUCAGCGAGGUUGUCACCCCAACACUGUACAGCACGUCACUAUGGGAACGCUCCGGUCACUGGGAGCACUACAGUGAGAACAUGUUCACUGUGACUUGCGAGCCUCACACCUUCGCCCUUAAGCCCAUGAACUGCCCCGCCCACUGUGUGAUGUAUGAACAGCGGGCACGGUCGUGGCGGGAGCUGCCCCUUCGCUGGGCUGAUUUUGGGGCACUGCACCGCAACGAACACUCAGGGGCGCUAGGGGGUCUCACCAGGGUCCGCCGCUUCUGCCAAGAUGAUGCACAUAUCUUCUGCACACCUGAUCAGUUGGAGGAGGAGAUCACAGCAUGUUUAGACUUUGUAAGGAGUGUCUAUCAGGUGUUUGGUUUCACCUUCCACUGCCUGCUCUCCACUCGUCCUUCCUCCUAUCUGGGCGAGGCUGCUCUCUGGGACAGUGCAGAGCAGCAGUUGGAGAGGAGUCUGCAGCAGUUCGGAGAGCGCUGGGAGCUGAAUCCUGGUGAUGGAGCUUUUUACGGCCCAAAGAUUGAUAUCCAAAUCCGUGAUGCAAUUGGCCGACAGCACCAGUGUGCCACUAUCCAGCUGGACUUCCAGCUGCCAAUCAGAUUCAACCUGCAGUAUGUAGGGCCAGAUGGGGGAAUGUACAGACCUGUGAUGGUACACAGAGCAGUCCUGGGAUCCCUAGAGAGAAUGAUCGCCAUCUUAGCUGAGAACUUUGGUGGGAAAUGGCCACUGUGGCUGUCCCCUGCGCAGGUCAUGGUGCUUCCUGUAGGGGGAGACAGUGAGCAGUAUGGACGAGAGGUGGUUCAUAGACUGAAGGAGGCAGGCUUCAUGGCUGACAUUGAUGAUGACCAUGGUGCCACUUUAAACAGGAAGGUUCGCUCAGCACAGCUCGCCCAGUACAAUUAUAUAUUUGUGGUGGGAGAGAAGGAGCGGGGGAGUGGCACGGUCAGCGUACGGACGAGAGGGGGAAAGCAGCUUGGUCAGAGGUCGCUGGAGGACGUGAUGACCUCACUGAUGGAACUCCGAGAGAGCCGCAGUAAUCGAGAUGAGUUUUGAGCAGCCCACUCGCUCAGGAACCUGGGCGCACUCAGCCAUAACAAACCAGCCGAGCCCCAAAACAUCUGAAACGUGUACACAGUGUCGCGUAUGAACUUUGUUGAAUCUUCUCCUCUCUCGCACACGCAUACAAUCCACCCACCUACGUAUAAACAGUCUCUUCGACAGUUUAAUGCCUGAACUCUCUGUAAACCAAACAGGCUCAUUGUGUUUCUGCUCUCUGCCAGAGAGAACCGAACUGAACCGGACUGACCCGAACAGAUCUGUGGAAAAAAGGACAGAAGAGCGUCCAGCAAAGUGCUCGACUUUGGUGUGUUUAUAAUAAAAUAACUACAUUUGUAAGUAG